AUGGAGGACUGCAUAUAUAUGAUACAGUCUGCGCCGCCUGGGCUAGAGACCGCAACACCUCUUGUUCUCGUUCAUGACGGCGGGGGAACAAUCGUAUCAUAUUGCUAUCUGGAUUCCCUAGAUAGAGCGGUAUAUGGCAUACAGAACCCGCGUCUUUAUUCCGGCCAGCCCUGGGACGGUGGACUCCCGGAAAUGGCCGGGGUAUAUGCGGAUCUGAUCCUUUCAGUUGUGUCGUCGGGACCACUUUUGUUGGGUGGGUGGUCACUGGGCGGACUUCUCUCGUUGGAGGUGGCAAACAUCCUGCUCAGGACUUCAGCGGUCCGCGUUUUAGGGUUGGUCAUGAUUGACUCUAUAUACCCACUCGCGAUUUCUCAGGCGGUUUCGAACGUCGUUGGUCCACAGCCUGUAUUUAGCAAAGACACCCGGGCUGAUACACGCCAACUUGUUUCCCAUUGCAUGGAGUUAGCUCAACCCAUGGUUGAUAGCUGGAUUCCUCCCGUCUGGAGAGGAUGUAGCGACUCCGGUUUGGUCCUGAAAAGGACAGAAUUAGAGAAGGAACUCUCCCUAAUCGAGCCCAGACCACCAGCUAUAAUGGAGGACCACGCUGAUGCCGUGGCUCCCGCCAAUACUACCCAUUCCGAUAUGAAAAAUGGAACGACGGCAUCGAAUGCAAACAUCGAUUUUCCCUCCAUCCCUAAGACGAUUCUCCUUCGCUGUGACGACUACGUGCCAGUGUCAAUGCCAGACACUCCGGAUGCAGUUUGCAGGGUUGAUGUUGUGCGCGAGCUUCGCAGCCUGGGCUGGGAAAAGUAUCCACAUCAUUUCACGCCAGCCGUUUUGAACGUACCUGGUCAUCACUUCAACUUAUUUACGGAUGAAUAUAUUGAUCAGGUCUCAAUUCAGAUUAAGCAAUCAUGCAAAAUGCUGGAGCGUGAUAGCUAG